AUGAAGGGCUCUGAAGAUUACGAUCAACGAGCCUACAAAGUCACCUCCAAUCUGAAGCCAUAUCACGAGUUCAAAGCAAAAUUUGGAAGAAUCUUGGAAGAAUACGACAUUGAAUUUCACGAACUAUCGUUUGCAAUGCUGGAUCAUUUUGAGAAAAAGAAACAGAAACAAGAAGAGUUCGAAAGGAAAAUGAAUUUAUGUAAACUUCUGAAGAAAGUAAUUUCGGACCAUAACCCAACAUGGUUGUUCAAUGUGGUUCCAACUGGAAGCUCUGUAACAGGACUAGCCACAGAAAAAAGUGAUUUGGAUGUUGCAAUACAUAUUCCUCAAGCUGCACUGAUCGUUGAAGCAAAGUGUCAAGGGAGAAAAAUUACUGAAGAAGAGAGGAAGAUCAUGUGGAGAGAAAUGCAACUGGAAAUCUUGCAAAUUGUUAGGCUGGUUCUGGAGAACAACACAGAGAUCAAACCAUACAUUGACUGGAAAGAAGGAGUUAAACUUGUUCAAGCUCAAAUUCAAAUUUUGAGAAUUACAACGAUAGAUGGGAUUGAGUGUGAUAUUAGUGUUGUAUUGGAUCUUUUUCUGUCUUCUAUGCACAAUUCGUUUUUGAUCAAACAUUUUGCGGAAGUGGAUCACCGAUUCGGACUCCUUUGUGCAGUUGUCAAAGAAUGGGGAGCCAGUACAAAGGUUAAGAAUCCCAAAGAUGGAGGUUUUAAUAGUUAUGCUCUCGUACUUCUGGUCACCCAUUUUCUCCAAUGUGGAACAUCUCCACCGAUUCUUCCAAAUCUGCAGCAUCUUUAUAAAAAUGAAAACUUUUUCGCUUUGAGUGAACGAAUUUUUCCAUCCCGCCUGGAUUUCGGUGCUCCUCUUCCACGACCUCUUCCACAGCAAUCCGUUAAUCCGGCAACAGUUUCUCAACUAUUUCUGGAGUUUCUCUAUUAUUAUGCUGACUUUGAUUUCCACAAAUAUUUCAUUUCUGUCAACAACGCGAUGAUCAAGAAUCGAGACACAUUAAACAUGUUCGAUCCUGAUGCUCCUCAAAAUCCAGACGCUCCAAGAGUGCGCUUCCAGUUUCCCACUAUGGACGAUAUUCUCAAAAUGGAAACUGAUGUGGAAGUUAAUGACGAAGGAGAAGAAGGAAACGGAGAAGAAGAUGUUGAUAACUAA